CAGCCUUGACUCUUAGUACCCACCAGCUCUCAAGCUUAACCGUCACUCUCUUACCACCACACAAUCUUUAAUCGUCCGUCAGAAUGUUCACCCGUGUCGCUUCCAUCAUCGCUCUCGCUACCUUCGCCCUCGCUGCCCCUGCUGCUACUACCAACCAGUGCAACACUGGUUCUGCGCAGUGCUGCAACACCGUCGACAGCGCCAGUUCUCCCCAAGUUGCCACUGUCCUUGGUCUCCUCGGCAUCGUCGUCGGUGAUAUCACCGGUCAGGUUGGCCUCCAGUGCAGCCCUCUGUCCGUCCUCAGCAGUGGCGGCGGCACCUGCAACCAGGAGCCUGUCUGCUGCACGAACAACAGCUUCAACGGCCUCGUUAACCUCGGCUGCUCGCCCAUCAACGUUGGUCUCUAAAAGACCUUUCACCACCCCUAGCUAGUUUGUUGUUGUUGUAGAACUGAGACGGACAUUUGAUAUACUAGGCUUUUGCCCUGCUUGUCUCGCUUGAGUGAACAUGGUGAACGUAGUGCGAAACGAGAUGCUGAGGUUUUCAUGAGCUAAACGAGGCUAGAAUAAAGUGAGCUAUUCGUAUCAUUUUCUGGUGGUAAAGGUGGAGCGGAAGCGCUCCAAGGAAGUUCCUUUACAUGUGGUGCAUUUUCAAGAGAGAUGUCUUCUGUUCAAGCCCGCAAAUAUGGCGCCGUAGAUAUCGUUUUACAAUUUACAAAAAUAAAU